GCACUCCUUUGCUCAAUAUGCCUGGUCUUCGUCUACAGCACCAGUUGCUUGGAUUCCUCCUCUUGGUCAACAUGGCUCUUGCUGGACGAUUCAGUUUUAGUAUCCAAGAGAUAAUCGUUGGAGUGACUCGCGAUUUCAAAGAGGAUGAUUUAGUCUUAGCUAUCGCAGCCACUACAGGCUCCACUCCUAGUAACAACACCUGGUCGCUCGGUUCAGUUGAGGCAAAUGAUAUAAUUAAGUGGAACAACCUCACUCACGAAAUUGAAGUCCCGGUUAGCGCAUCCAACUUGUCCGUGGCAAUUGGCAUCAUGAAUACUCCGAAUGGAACUGAGGUUACGGUUCAGAAUGCGACAUCUCAACUCGUGCAAAUUAUAGUCGGAGCUGCAGCGAACAUGUCAGGCACAGCGGGUCCAGCAGAGAGGCUUUUGGAUAUAGCCCUUAAUUUCUUUAGCGACCUCACCAGCUGUGCCGGUCCUACCGUCAUCGACAACGUCACGUAUGCUCCAGACACCCUCAACAGUCUUAACCAAAGUCAAAAGACUUGCGAAACGAAGACCUAUUUCGAAGAAGUAAAGAUCCUCUGUGGCCUUCAAAAUUCGAAUUACACAGUCACGUACUGUCUUGAACGCCUUGAUGCCAAACCUGUUCCGGCAUCUGCGGCGGCAAGCUUGCUUCCAGGCCUUUUCCUGUUAUUCAUUACCCUUGCAGUUGCAUGUAUUUCCGGAGGCUACGGACUUCUUAUGUAAGCUUUGAGCCUUAUGAUCGGGUUCAAAGAGUUUCAUUCAGUUGUCAAUGGAGAAAUCGUUGAGUUGUGAUAAGACUUUGGGCAUUUGGACAAUUUUUGAGGCUCAGUCAUCAUCCAGCUUUUCGUUUUCUCUACUCACAGAUGCAGUUCGGUAACAAACGUAUUCGAAGUAUACAGUCACUACAUAAUAUAAAAUCCCAUUCGCGUACUUCUUGAUCCCGUUCCCUGACCUUUCAAACCGGAUCG